AUGUCCCUUUCUAAUGCAGGACGACACAAUCUGCCACCCAGUGAAGAGAAACAGAAAAGACUUUUCGUGGGUGGCAUCGCCCCUGGUAUUAACGAUGAUUGGAUUGAAUUGUUACUCAAGGCAGGCGGUAACUUGAAAUCCUGGAAACGUAUGAAAGAUCCACAGGGCAAUAUGAAAGGCUUUGGAUUUGCCGAAUACGAAGAUGCAGAGAGCGUGUUGCGAGUACUGCGCGUGUUGGGUGGUGAAAACGAUACGCAUGAUGGCUUGGUGUUAAAAGCUAGGGACGAUAGUAGUGUUGAAAAGAAGCUGCUUGUGAAAGCAGACGACAAUGUUCGCGAAUUUCUUCAACAACAUCAAACGGCACAACCAGAUACAGAAAUAGAAACAAAAGAUAAAGAUGCGCUGACCAAAAUAUACGCGUACGUUGAUGCGAUCAACCGAGGCCAGGAUCCAGCCUCAGCCAACAAUAAUGCAGAAGAUGAUUCCCGCAUGACCGAUGCAUCACCAACAGCAGCAGCAGCAGAAGGAGAAGAAGGGACUGAGCCAAAGGAACAAGACACAAACGGGGACAAUGAUUUAUUGAACAAAGAACUGGCAUUCUUCAAAGAACGCGCAGCCCAAAGAGAUCAAGAAAAACAGCGGAUACGAGAAGUUCAAGAAGAACGUCGUGCGCGAUCACCAUCACCAUCCGAUUACAAUCGAAGACGACGAAGACCUACAGAGCAUGCACCUCCACAAGAAGAAAUCGAUAUUGACGACGAAGAACUGGAACGAAGGAGAAUUGAGAAACACGAAAAAGAUGUCGAGCUUGCUUUCCGACAACGAGAACGACGGUUUGAAGGACGUGAGCGUACGAGAUUACAUGACUACGAACGUGAUCUGGAACGAUUAAAAGAAGCUGAGGAACGACAAGCGCGUAAUAAGGAAUAUUGGGCAACAAAACUGGCAGAGUGGGACGACGACGUAGAAAUUGAAAAAGGAGAGGUGGAAUUCUAUACUAACCGAUCACGAUGGCGUCGACAUAGAGAAGGGGUUCGAAGAAGAGAAGAGGAACGCGAUGAAGAGGAUCGACGACUUGAAGCCCAAGAAAUUGAAGAAGAGCGCCUACGCAUUGAACAUGAAGAACGUAUGGCAAGGCAACAACAACAACGCGAACAACGCGAAAAGGAGCGAGAAGAGGAGAAACAACAACAACCAUUGAAACCAACCAAGCUCAGUUUCAAUGCACCGAUUAAACGUAUCUCUGCGAUGGGCGGUGGUGACGAUGAGGAUGAUGAAGAAGGGGGUGGUCGCAAACGACGUGUCUUGGUUCCUUUGGAUUAUGGUGAUGAGGACGUGACUAUGAGCGAAGCGUCCACUACCACCACCAGUAUGGAUCCUGAAGAGCGCGCCACUAAGCUCAAGGAGUUGAUCGGCAGCAUACCCAGCUCAGAGCAAGAAUUAUGGAAUUGGCCUGUCAAGUGGGAUCAAGUGGAUGAGGCACUUAUCGAAGAGAAGCUCAAGCCAUUUAUCUCCAAAAAGAUCACCGAGAUUGUUGGCGCGGAAGACGAUGAGUUUGUCGGCUUCAUCUUGGAUUUUGUCCGAAGACAGCAAACGCCUGAUACACUGGUCAAGGAACUGGAAAUGACGCUGGAUGCCGAGGCUCUCGUGUUUGUGAUGAAGCUUUGGAGAGCACUUAUCUUUGAAUCAGAACGAAAAUCAGCCAAGCUGUAA